AUGUCUCAUGAACAAGGUAACGAUGGCCCUAUUUUUAGGCUGCCGAAUAACCUUUACAAAGUUCUGGACGCUUCACUUCCAUCUGAGCAGGAACUUUUAUCACCGCAGGCAACCUUGCGCGAUUGUAGUUACGUGGUGUGCGUCGAGGAUCUUGGCCAAACGGGUAUGUCGCCUGAAGACAAGGCAUUCACAGUCGAAGCAUUUGGCAAUUUUGAAGGCCUUGGGUCUGGGGAGAUUAGCAGCUUUACCCCUCUUGCCUUCGAGGCACUCGUCGAGGGGAUCCGUGAGCGGAAUCCAAAUGUAACUCCAAAUUUGACCGUCUGGUCCACCUCUAACCUGGCCACACCGGCUAAGCGCGUCUCAUCUAAUCAGCAAUAUCCGUUGGACUGUCCUGUUCUUUACCUCUUUACUGAAUUUAGACGCUCGGAUUACGUGCCUAGGGCAGGCCACUUCCGAGAGGAUUUUAAUGUGCCAUUUUUCCCUGACAACCUUAAAGGGGGCGUUUCACCCUCGCACAUUCCGGAAGCUCCUACUGGGCCUGAGCCAGAUCAUACCUAUCCCACCUAUCCCGAAAACUCGGUGCCUCGGGGGCUGGAGGCUACUACCGGGCCUGAGCCAAAUCGCGCCUAUGCCACCUCUCCAGGUGACCCGAUGCUUCGGGUCCAGCCAAAAAGGACCAAAACAUUCGAGAGUGGCAAGAAGGCUGUCAGCAAGCUCACGAUCGCUGUCAAAAAUGUCGCCGGUACAGUGAAGGAUAUCGUGUCUCCACGUGAAUUCCCAGAGCAGCAUACUGUGCUGACGGAACUGGCAUCCACGUUCGAUGAAGAGGACUACCUAACGAGUUUACUGGCCACAACGGGCCAAAGGCCUGAGCCACAAGCUGAUAUCGACCAUGACCAGGCACGGUUGUUCCAAAGAUUCGCACAGCUUUUCCCACAUAUUGACUACAGGCAACACUCCGCAAACGAACGCUCCAUCCACUUCCGGCACUGCGCACUGGCGAUCACACCCCAUCAAUUUGUUCGAGCAUGUCAGAUUCUAUUCCAAUAUGAUACGACAGGCCUUGCUGGGGGGUUACUGGCGUCUGCAAUGGGAUCUGGCAAGUCAAUCAUCGUGCUUGCUAGUUUGGUGAUCCGUGCACUUCUAUUUGAGAGCAAGCGAAGGGUGGAACGUGAGCUGAAACCCGGGGCGAGCUUGAUACAUGUACCUAGCGCUGCAAUGCCGGGUUGGAUCGAGAUCCUCGAGGCCGCCCUCUUCAACCGCCGCAGCUACAACGUCACUGUGUUGUACAAUGGGCCUCGACUAAGCUCGAGAUUGGAGCCGAGUCCCGACUUUUUGGGCGGAACGAGAUUCAACCGAUGGCAAAUGAGCGCGAGGCUGCCUCCGGGCCACCCUGGUGGGCUGAUCACCAACUCGGAAGAGCUUGUCUGGUUUGCUGAGCCAGCGCCCCUGUCAGACCCAUCGCUGUGCCUCGAGACGUAUAUUAUUGUCAUGACCCAUGCUAACCCCCGCCUCAGAGAACUUUUCAGCUGGGAGAUUCGUGAUCUUGCGGAAGCGCCACAGAACUGCGAAUUCUCUUGUGGAGGCUUGUACGCCCUCCUAAUAGCUAUAUACGACCUUUUCGUAGCCUAA